GUGGGUGGGGCGGAGGGGGCGGCCCGCCCCGGGCGGCAGCCCGCGGGGGCGGCAAAAUGUCGCCGGUGAAGCGAGUUGAGACCACUACAUACGAACGACAACAUCGCAUCAUGCCGCGCGGCGCUGCCGGGCGCGUGCGAGUCGAGUUGACUUGAGAUCUUUUGUUUCACGCGUCGGCCCGUGUCCAUUCGAUGCCUCUCUUUCUUUCGCACUCAUUGAACAUUGUACUGAACUUUGUUUGUUUUAGUGCAUUGUGAAGUACCGUCACGCAAUCACGCAUUACUCGUAUGUUUGUUUCGCGAGAGUUUUGGAUACGGAACGAAAGCCAUUUAUAUUGUGUUUCGAUCUUUUAAAUACUGUUAAAGCUUUUAAAACUAAACAUUUAGAACUUUACCUACCCAAUCUUUGAACUAGUUUUUGAAAAUGAAAAGAGUCAAAGAAAGCGGUGCGGAAUUCCGCAAAAAAAAGGCUAAGAAAGAUGCAGAUGCGAAGAAGUCUCAAGGUGCAUUACUGAAGUAUUUCAGUUCCAGUUCUGGUUCGAAAGCCACAUUAACGUCUUCGAUGACAUCCUGCAGCAGCGAAAGUGAUUCCAGUGCACAAGAAAAAGACGUGCCUGCCGUCGCAGUUGGAAAAAGUUCUGGUUCCACCAAAGAGCAGGGUCAACACGCAGUCGAAUCACCAGAAGUACCUCAAGCAUCUAGUCAUAAGCCUGCAGAAAAAGUGAAUGUUGCCAAAGAAGACAUAAUUGAAAUCGUGCCUUCUGCUCCUGCCGAAGUCAAAGAUGUGAAUCUCGACGAUGUAGGUUGCUGGCCUUCUCCUAUGACCGACGAAGUCAGAACGCUUCUAGUACGUCGCGGAUCUGACUCAGUACAGUACAUCGAUUCUAAAUUUGCUGAUGUUGUUCGCCCAGGGUCUUCAACUAAAGGCGGUACCCGAAAACUAACCAAAGAGUGGUUCUACAAACCAUUAUCUAACGGCGAAAAGGUUCUCCGAACAUGGAUGGUGUACUCGCCUUUGAAGCAAUCCUUGUAUUGUUUUUCUUGCAAGCUGUUCGGCAAUUCCGGCUCGAACUUCGCAUCUGAAGAAGGAUUUAACAAAUGGUGGAAGCUAAAUCCAAGAAUCGGAGACCAUGAAAAUAGCCUGGGCCAUGAACAGAGCUUCUUGAAAUGGAAGGAGUUGGAAGUUCGCCUAAACUGUAAAGCAACCAUUGAUCAGAAACAACAAGAAGUUUUCGAAAGUGAGGAGAAAAAGUGGAGAGAUGUACUUACACCAGACAUCUCCCACAAUGACCAAAUGAGCCAAGUUCUGCGAUACGUGCAUAUCGAAGGAGAAAAAGUCGCCGUGGUAGAAUCUUUCAUUGAUUUCUUCGAACCAAAAGGAAAAAAUGCAGAAGAUCUCAGCAACGAUAUAAUCGCGAAGAUAACAUCAGACGGACUGGACAUACAGAAUUUGAGAGGACAGGCUUAUGACAAUGCUGCCACCAUGUCAGGGAUCCACAAUGGAGUUCAAGCCCGGAUUAAAGCACUGAAUCCGAAAGCUAUAUUCGUUGCAUGCACAAACCACUCACUAAACUUGGCUGGGAAAGCCAGACGAGUGACAAUGGACACCGAAAUUGCGACCGAAACUCGCAAGGCAACGGCACGACAACUAGAGAUGCAGCUAAAAACAACAGCACAGGACCUACACGAGUCGAGGGCCUUGUCGAAGCAGUUGUUGGAGGAAAGGGAGGAAAGCGAAGUGGAGCUCCAGAAGGUAAUCAACAAAAACUCAGAAUUGAGAAGGGAGCUGGCGGACAAUGAUGUGCAGCUGACUGAUGCCCGCGGAGAAGUGGACCGUUUGCAAGGCACAAUAGACACCUUCAACCAGUGCGCUUCGACACAUGAAGUGGCCUUGGCCCGCAUCACACAGUUAGAAGAAGAACUGGGCUAA